GGAUGCGUGACGCUCCCCGGUCAUUUGCAUAGAGCGCCCUGAUUGGCCGCGGCGGCCGCCGGGAGAGGGCAGGGAGGGAGGAGGGAGAGCUCACAGCAGCAGCAGCUGGUCUCGGUGUAAACAAGUCGCGGCUGCGAACCCCGGGCGUGGGGACAGCGCCCCGGCUCCGGAGCGCCCCGCCACCCGACCCCAGACCCCGGAGGACCGGGCCCCUCCGCGCACCUAGGCUCUGGGCUCCCUUUGCUCUCCGUGGUCCCCUCCCCGGGUGGGGCCACUGCCCCCAGCCCCCACCAUGGUUCGGAUCUCUAAGCCCAAAACCUUCCAAGCUUAUCUGGAUGACUGUCACCGAAGGUAUAGCUGUGCCCACUGUCGGGCACACCUGGCCAACCACGAUGACCUCAUCUCCAAGUCCUUCCAGGGCAGCCAGGGCCGAGCCUACCUCUUCAACUCUGUGGUGAACGUGGGUUGCGGGCCAGCUGAAGAGCGUGUGCUGCUAACUGGGCUCCAUGCUGUGGCUGAUAUCCAUUGUGAGAGCUGCAAGACUACCUUGGGCUGGAAAUAUGAACAGGCCUUUGAGAGCAGUCAGAAAUACAAGGAGGGGAAGUACAUCAUUGAGCUCAACCACAUGAUCAAGGACAAUGGCUGGGACUGACCUCUGACCUCCAACCUCAACCCAAUGAGUCUCCCUGAUAAGAUGAUUCGGCUGCCCCCCUCACCCCAGCCAGGCUGCUGGAGGAGGGACACUGGUGGGAGAAACAACUACUUGCUUCCUCUCCAGGAACCCUGGGGAACUGCAAGUUCUCCCUCCUCAGGGCUUUGUUGGGAGAUGGUCCCAAGCCCUUGUACAUACAUUUUAUUAUUUUAUUGCAUGCACUGUGACUUUGGGGGGGGGGGGGUAGGGGAAGAAAUGUCCCCAUUCUGCUUCCCCUCAUGAUCUGGCUGGUUUGGAUCUCAUUUUUAACCCUCUCCCUGUCCCAGAUUCACCUGUAGAUAUGUCCUUUGUUGUACAUAACUCCCUUGCUUCCUCUCCAUGGCAUUCCUUUUCCUCCUGCCUAUAUACCUCAAGCCUGUACCACUCUUUCCCCAUGAUUUCCUUGUCUCUUCGUGGUCUGUAGCAUCUGUAAAUAAAACUCCCGGAGAUACCA